CUUCCCAAUUUUUCACUUUAACUCACUUUUGUUUGUUGUCAAUUAUCAUUUGUCAUUUCUUUGCCGUUACAUAUUUGCCUCCACCACCUUUCCUCUUUUUUCACCUUACUAACUCAAAACUUUCAACCUUCGGUCACAAAAAAGAUCUACGGAAAAAAUAGCUACAAAUUAAAUGGGGUUGAAAAAGAAGAACAAGAGACAAGAAUCUACGUUGUUGUCGCCAUCAUCGUCGUUCCGAUCAUCCUCCCAUCGGAAACAAGAUUCUGUUUCUCCGGCGACGUCAAAAACAACCAACGUUGGUUGUAUGUCCGGGAUAAUUCAGUUCAUAGCUAGAUAUCAUACUCGUCGUAAAUUCCUUACUUUCGGUAAUAAAAAACAAGAACGUAACGGAAGCAUUCACUCCCCAACAGAACCACCACCCGGGAAAAGUGAUCAGCAAUUAAAACCAGAAAAAACAGUCACAUGUCAACCAUGUGAUCAUAACUCAACGGUAUUGGACAAAUUAUCUCCCGAUCACGCGCCGCCACGGACUGCGACGAUAUUGCCGGAGCUACAACGAUCAUCAACGAACAAAACAGUUAAUCCACCGAGGGUACUGGAGCGUUUAAUGGGGCUAGAUGACUUCCCGGCGAUUAUUCCGGCGGCGGCAGUGAUGAAGGGAAUGUCGCCGGCUUACGAGAAGAGGAGAAAGCUUCUUUGGGACUUGGAAAAAUGCGACGAGGAUUUGAAGGCUUUGAAAAAGAUCAUUGAGACGGUGCGUGCAGAACAAACGCCACCUCGAAUGGUUAAGAUGGAGAGAAGAGUGGAGGUGGAAGAGGUGGAAAGUGAGGUAGGAAGUGAGGGGCCCAGUCCUGUAUCCGUCCUAGAUCACCGUCAUUUAUCUUCCGGUUAUUCCAAGAAAAUUAUGUAUGACCAACUUUUGCAACAACAACAAAAGACAAAGCAACAAUUGUACACUAACAAAAAACAAGGAGAUCAUCAUGAAGAAAAAGCCAUUAACUACCUAAACAAAUCACCAUCUUCAUUAAUAAUUGAUCACACUACCACACCACUACCGUUACACUUUACUACUACAACCACUCAACAAGUGCUCCACACUACUCCAUUUACCGCAACCGAAACUGAAACCGAAGCCCGUAAGGCCAUCAAAGAGAGCGUCAUCGAGGUUUGUCGGAUCGUCGAAUCGGGUCAAACACAAGAAGUAAGAGGAAUUGGAUUGCUUCUACAAGAUUUUAUUCUUAAGGAAUUGAUAGACGAGAUUACUAAGGAUUUGUGUAACGGUUCUUAUUUACAUGUUUAUAUGAAUACUUCUUUGUCUUUGAACUUGCCUUUUGAUGCAUGCAAGAGGAGAUUAUUCUUGUAGGGCUACAAAUUGUACUAAAUACUAAUGUAAUUAAUUUGCUUUUUAUUAUUUCUAUUUUAGACUGUUAUAGCACUA